UCCUCGAUUGCAGUCAUUCCCAAGCACUAGUUCAUCAGAUCUGUUAGUACUGUGCCUGAGCCAGGGGCUGAGCUGAGCUGAGCUGGUGCUGGUCUCCUCACACAUAGUAAGCCUUCUCACUCAAAGCAUCAAGCAAUCAAAGACAGGACCAUGUGCUUUAUCGUGAUCCCCAGACUGCUCGUUCUAGGGCUGCUCUUUGCAAGUUUAGAAACCGUUUUUGGGACAGAUACUACCGAACUCCCAGAGAGCCCACAGGAGGAGAAGCUUGCUACCCAGCAGAAAGGACGCCUCUCCCUGCAGAACACAGCCGAGAUUCAGCACUGCCUAGUGAAUGCAGGAGAUGUGGGAUGUGGCGUCUUUGAAUGCUUUGAGAAUAAUUCUUGUGAGAUCCGUGGUCUGCAUGAGAUCUGCAUCGCGUUCCUGCACAAUGCUGGCAAGUUUGAUGCUCAGGGAAAGUCAUUCAUAAAAGAUGCAUUGAAAUGCAAAGCUCAUGGACUGCGGCACAAGUUCAGCUGCAUCAGCCGCAAAUGCCCUGCCAUUAAAGAUAUGGUUCAUCAGCUCCAGAGGGACUGCUAUGCCAAAUAUGAUCUCUGCUCUGCUGCCAAGGAAAAUGUCCAAGUGAUAGUGGAGAUGAUUCACUUCAAAGAUCUUCUGUUACACGAACCUUAUGUUGAUUUGGUUAAUGUUCUGCUGACAUGUGGAGAUGAGGUAAAGGAAGCAAUCACAAGCACUGUUCAGUCCCAAUGCGCCCAAAACUGGGGUAGCCUGUGUUCCAUCAUUAGCCUUUGUUCAUCAACCAUUCAAGGGGAUGGAGUGGUUGUGUCAAGCUCUGUUUCUGUCAAGAACCAAGACAAGAACCAAGAUACUGGCAAGGCCUCUCGCAACCAAAGUGAGUCUCCUUCACAGUCAGAUGUGGAACGAGAUGGUGGAAAGACUUCUAAACAUGACAAAGAGAAAAUUAUUAAAGGACAUCCAAAUGUUCAUGCCCGUCCCAAGACUAGUUUCCAUCACAAAAUGGCAUAUAGCGCCACUGAACUUUCUGAUGAACCGGCUGGGUUAUCAGAUAUCAGGAGGUGAAAUGAUCACCUGCCAGUAUUCUUUUUGUCAUUCCAGUGAGAAGUCAAUUUUAUCCUUCCUAUGGUCAUUCCAAAGUAUUUAAUAUUCAAGAGGAUCCUGGUGUUCCUCCAGUGCAUUCUCGGAUUGAGCAGAUCCAUUCCAGGCUUCUGUGGAGAGAAGGGAGCAAUUCUUUAAUGUUGCCUUACUUAUAUUUUACUCUACCUUUAAAUGUGUUUACCCAUCGAUCAGACAACUAUAAUAUUAAUCACUUUACAUAUUUAUUAUAUUAAUUUGAAUUCAGACCAAACAAAUAAACCUUCAUAAGGCGCCAAUGAGUUUGGGUUUUGCCUAAAAGUAGAAUAACGUCAAUUUGCUUAGUGCAAAAGCAUGUGGAACAUAAGAACUAGACACAUGGCUGGCCUAUCUAUAGAUGACAGAGAAUGUCACAAAGAGCGACACGUUCACUAUUAUAGAAUGUUGAACAUCAGCUGUAACUUUUAAGGAGGUCCAACUUAUUUUAUUGGUCCAUACCUGAAAUAAACUUUAUUGAUAACAGGUCAGUCUCAAGUAUGGUCAAUGUGUCACAACAGAUAUGUGAUACCUUUCCUCCCAUGUCUCAUCUCGAGGCCCGACCUAGAACACUGUGUAAGAAAACAAAAGCACACAUGCCCGUCAUUUUGAAUCCAUGCAAAGCAUUGAAUGUCUUUUUCAACAAAUCACCUCAGCAUGCAUGAUAUAAAUAUAUAUAUAUAUUAUUUCAUAUUACAAGGACAUAUUUCCUUAUCUUUAUAUAAUGAAAACUGCUGCCAAUGUGUGUGUAUGGGGAUGAUCGUGAACUUAUAUAUGUGAAUGUGUACGUUAAUAUAUGUGUAUAUAAAUCUGUAUACAUAUAUAAAUGUGUACGUACUUAUUGUAUAUAUAAAUAUAUAUUUUUAUACAUACACAUACAGUGUGUGGAAAUCUUUCGAAUGUAUGACAUUUAGAGUUCUGAGUAUGUUUACAUGUAUAUCUACUGGUUCUAUUUUGCAGUUAAUGUGUAUAUUUAAUACUUCUAUUUAUUGUAUUGUAUUUCUUACUAUCAACACAUUUAUACAUACCUUUACCUAUGCACACAGUAUGUCCAUAUUCUGACACAUUUCACAGAUGCACACAUGUUUAAUAUUAUGCACAAACAGAUACAUUUCUCUUUUACCUAAUUUCAUCCAUCAUCUUUCCUGACUGUGUUGUACAUAUUUUACGCCACUAGUAGAACAUUUUGUUAAGCAGUGUAAUAUAAUUUUAUACGGUUCAGUAACGUUAUUGACAUC